UCAUGGGCACGGUACUGAGCUUUAGCCCCCGGGAGCGUCGGCCCAUCUACUCGACGCACCAUCACAGCGCCGGCACGCUGUCAUCCUCAAACUCGGCCGACUUUCCGCUCAACAACUACUCGUACGAGCAGCUGAACAAUGCGAAGAAUCGCGAGAGCGCGCAAACGAAACCGCCGAACCUGAUACAAACGGUGCCUAACAACAACAACAACAGCCAUGGACUGAACAUGAGCAAGGAUGACUGCAAGAACAACAACAGUAGCAGUGCGAACCUGCUCGGUUCCCAUGGCAACAACAACAACAACAACAAUGGCGGAUCGGGCAACAAUAACAACACCACCACCAGCAACAACCUGCUGCUGCUGCAGCAAACGCACCAAAACAACAUCAUCACCGGCAGUGCAAACAUCAACAACAUCAACAACAACAUCAGCGGUGGCAACAACAACAACGGCAAUAGCAUACAGGAGCGCAACAACAACAACAACAAUAACAACAACCACAGCAACAAUGCGGACAGUGCGCGCAUCCUGUCCGAGAAGAAUGCGCUCGAGAAGAACCUCAAGAAGCAUUCCCUCUUCAUCAAUGCCCUGUCGUGGAAGCGGCUGGCGGCUUCCCAUGGCAAAAAGAAGCUAGACAACAACAAGAACAAAUCGGCCAACCUAGCAACCGCUACCAGCUUCCGGACGCCGCUAACCGACACGAUUCACCCGCUGCUGGACAAAAACAAGAACCUGCAGCAGUCGCAAUCGUUCACGCAAACGAUCAGCAGUCAGCAGCUGCAGCAGCAGCAACAGCAACCGGCCACCAUUGUGCUGAGCCAGUCCGGAAGCUCUGGGCAACAGCCGAGUUCUGGGCCGGCGGGUGCACAGUCGGUGGUGGGGUUGGGAGCGUCGGGAGCUGCCGUGGGGCUUUCGAGCGGCAACCAGCAACAACAACAGUCGCUGGUGCAGCAACAUCACCUGCAUCCGCAACAACAUGGUCAGCUGAUGGUGGCACAGCAGCAGCAGCAGCAGCAGCAACAACAGGCGGUCUAUUUUACUCCCCGUGGUCCGAAAGCGCUAAUGGCGUUGGAUCUCGUGCGAGCCAACAACACGAACCCGCUGUCGCAGCCAGACAAGCUGGCGCAGAAGCUUCCGCUGCAGCUGCCGAUGCCACUGCAGCCGAUCGUGAACCAGCAGCAUAACAUCCCGAUGGCCCAACAGUUGCACCAUGGACACGGACCUAGGAAAACUGUCAUUCAGGCGUCCACGUCAGAGCUGCUAAAGUGUUUAGGAAUGUUCCUGCACGAUCGAUGCCGUAAGCUACGCGACUUCCAGGCCGGCGACGCUGUGAUGUGGCUGAGGGCCGUCGACAGAAGUUUACUGCUUCAAGGAUGGCAGGAUGUUGCCUUCAUCAACCCGGCAAACGUGGUGUUUGUCUACAUGCUCGUCCGCGAGCUGGUCGACGGGGAGGAAACGAAGGAAGCGGAGCUGCAAGCGGCCGUCCUUACCUGCCUCUACCUUUCCUACUCGUACAUGGGAAAUGAAAUUAGCUACCCGUUGAAACCGUUCCUAGUGGAGGACUCGAAGGAUAAGUUUUGGGACAGAUGUUUGCUGAUCGUGAACCGGCUAUCAUCGAACAUGCUGCGCAUUAACGCCGAACCAGGCUUCUUCACCGAGAUCUUUACCGAGCUGAAGGCGUGCGGCAUGAACUCGAAUGCAAACGCCGGUGGCAAUCUGCCCUGUGGUGCGGCUUGACGCUCCCGCCAUCCACGAGAAGUUGUGGUCCGGCUGUCGAUUGCCGGCCAACAGCAGAAGUACCAGCAUGCCACCAGCACCCUGCAAGAGCUGACCAGCGUUGUCUGAUGAACUGGUGCACCCGGCAU